AGCAUCCAUACCAUGGCAUUUUCCCCGCACGUCCUGGUAAACGCCUCCGUUAUGAUCUUGUAGGUUUAUUGUCUGCCUAAGGAUAAAAAGCGAGACAUUAAAAUGAGUAAUCCACUGAGAGGUGAAGUUAUAAGAUUGUACAGAAAUCUUCUGUAUCUUGGACGGGAAUAUCCAAAAGGCACUACAUACUUCAGGGAGCGUCUGAAAGCAGCUUUCAUGAAGAACAAAGAUGUCACCGAUCCUGAGAAAAUCAAAAAGCUGGUUGACCGUGGAGAGUUUGUGAUCAAAGAACUCGAGGCGCUUUACUACCUCAGGAAAUACAGAGCAAUGAAGAAACGCUACUAUGAACCAGAGCAUUAAUCGAUGUCUCUGUCACACGUGCCAGACUGUACAGUAUAUAUGUCA